CAGUCUACGUUUCGCUUCAAGCGUCAGUAUCACUACAGACCGUACACAAAAUUGGUUGUGUGUUUGACGUGUUUAAUUUUUCAAUAUUUUUUACGAUCGUUAAUACGUGAAUUUUCAUUUUUAUUUUCAAAAGGGUUAUUUGCCCCUAGAAUGUGUAAAGUUUUCGUAUUUUAAUUUUUGACGAAUUGAUUAUUAAUAUUUUAUUGAAACGUAUUUUACGAGAAUUUUUUCAUUUUUCACAAAAUUCGGUGAAUUUUUGAAAAUUAAUUUUGAGUUGAAGUGAUAUGUUAUCAACAACCACAAAAUGCAGCAAGUUACACAUUAUAUAAAAACCGAAGAAAACGAAUUGAGGACCUCGUUAGGUACCACGAUUAAAAGUGAAACAUUAUCGGACCGUGAUGCGGGAUUCUGCAGCGGCGAAGAAACCGAUCUAGAUACCGAUUUCCAUCAUUCGCCAACCGAUACCAGUAGAGAUAGCUCGGAUACGAAAGAUUCGACGUUAGAGUAUCGAUGCAGCAUUGGCAAGAAUAAACGUAAAUGCGCCGAACCUCGUAAAGUCGAAGACCAUUUACCACCUUUGAAGCAAAUCAAACUAGAAACCGAUCCGUACGCUGCUCCGGUAAAGGAAAUCAAAUUAGAACACGAUUCGUACGCUGCCCCUUGCGUCAUCAAGUACGAAAGAUCGCCAUCAAGUCCGGAGAACUCGACUAGUGAUUCGAAACCAUCGAUAAGUCCGUUCCGUCCUUGGAGUUGUUCGGAUUCCAGAACACAUACGCCUUCUUCGUACGAAUAUGCAACCGUACCGUCGAUUCCAUCCGGUUACGUACCGCCGACGUACGUACAAGAUGAACCACUAGCAUUGGUGGUUGAAAAGAAGCACGAGAUCGAUCAGCAAGUCGAACAGAAACCCACGUUUUACGAUGUACCGGAAUCAAAAGUCGACGUACAUGAUCUACGAGUGAAUCAGCUACGUCCUCAGGAAGUCGUACGGAUAUUCGAUGAGUCCAGAAUGAACGACGAUGAUAUUACCGAUAACCAAGAUAUAAAACCUAGAAAUCAAACCAAUCUAGCAGCAGUAUUCCAACACGUCGAAUCGAAUAGAUUUACCAGCUCAUCGUCGACCGUUAGUUCUGAAGAGAAACGCAAAUCUAGUCAAUCGAAUAGUUCCCAAAGGAAUUAUAAAAAUAUGACCCGCGAAAGAAGAAUAGAAGCCAAUGCACGCGAACGUACCAGAGUACACACCAUCAGCGCUGCAUUCGAAACUCUACGUAAGUGCGUUCCAGCUUAUGCAAAUAAUCAGAAACUUUCCAAGCUUUCGGUACUGCGAAUCGCCUGUUCCUAUAUUAUGACCUUAUCUCGUAUCGCCGGCUAUGACUACAGUAUCGAUCAAAGCGAGCCAUCUAUCGCCGAAUGUGUCGAUGCAGUUUGUAAUACUAUUCAAAUGGAGGGUAAAACUAGAAAGAAAAAAGAUGAAUGAAUUAGUAUAAUACGUAAUAUUCUGUAAUCGUGGUAAGCUAAAGCUGUGAUAUGUUGAUUCGAAAUACUUUUUUUUUCUUCUUGUAAUAUUGGAAAAAACACGAGGCGGAUCUAAUUUACUAAUUACAAUACAGCCAUCGGUAAUUUCAUCUUGAACGAUAGUAUUUUCGACUGAUUUAAUUUACCUACGUGUCGUCGAUCGUGCAUUAGUCAAAGGGAUCUGUGUACCCAUUCUUUUUUUUCUAUGUUACCAUAGUUUAGAAUAACGUUUUGUUUUUCCUGCGAUAUAUUUAAGUCUUAUUUCUCUUCUGCUCCGUAUUCGUUAAUUUUACACAUUAAAGUAUCUUCGUCAAGAUGAAAUUACCGUAGAAAUUAGGCUUCUUUUCUUACUUUUUGUAAAUUCAAUUCAACAACGUUGAACGUAGUCUUUUCCGGUGAUGAUUCCGGCGGGUACGACUUCUUUGACACGAACGCUGAGUCAGUCAAUAGUCAAUGGCUGAUGAUGAUUUGGAUCUGAAGUCUGCACUAAAGGUUUUCACGUUAUAAUUUGAACUCUAAAUAUUUAUUUUUAGUCAAAAAUGUCCAUAAAAUUGUAGAAAAACCGAACGAACACGCACAUAAAACCGAACUACCGACGACCGACGAACUAACACACUCACACAGACGUAAACACAAACAACUGUGCCAAAAAAACACCAAAAAGAACAAAGUCACAGAUAAAAAAUUGCAGAUCACCCAAUGGCCAAUGUUAAAAAACAAUGAUAAGAAAAAAAACAAAAACCAAAAACAAAAGUUUUUUAAAAAAUGAAAAUAAAAUAAAUUAGGUAUGAAGUAUGAUGAAUUUAUUCUUGAUGAAUUAUUUUAAAGAAAAAAAAGUAAAGUACUUAAUUACCUAUUCAAAAGUUUCAAAAUCAAAAUCAAAACAAAUUCAAACUGAAAUACCUAACCUAAACCUAAUUCAAUAGGUACCGCAUCCAAAUUCCAAUUCCAGGCAUUAGCAUUUAGCUAUAGUUUUUUAAAAAGUUUCUGAAAGUUGAAGCUUUUGGUUUAAUUAGAAUAAUUAUUGAAUAGACAUGUGCGCCGUUAGGAAAUUGCACGGCGGCGGCGUAAGGUCAAUUUUUACCAGCGCGGCGGCGUUUUAACGGCGUGCGCCGAAAUUCACGCCGGUUCUAAAUUAAUGGCGGCGCGGCGGCGUGAAAAUGGCGUACGAUAAUUCAGAUGCAAUAUUUAGCCUAACAAACCAAUAGUUUUCCCUGUAAAAUAGAGAAAAUUCGGUAACAGAGGUUUUGAGGGCCCCACUUUUAUCUUUGAUCUUUAUUUGACCCAAAAGCUAAAAGCAUAAAGGGACUUCAAUUGGAGAGAAUUGAAAUUUUUUUUUAAAUUCGACAUUGGUACCAAAAUUUGGGGUUUUAAGGGCUCUAAGAUCAUUUUUAAAGACCAUUUUCCGCGCCGUUUCACGCCGAUAAGACAUCGGCGCGUCAAAAUUCAAAUUAUCGGCGGCGGCGCGCUGGCGUGAAAUCGGCGGCGCACAUGUCUAUUAUUGAAACGAUGAAACGAUGGUGUGAAACUUGACACUUGACGAAACUGUGAAUGAACUCAAGAAACUAGAAAGAGAAAAGGAAAAUUGAACAACAUAAUCCUAAAAGUGAAGUCAAAGCCUCAAAACUCAAAAGUAGAAACUUCCGUUCAAACUUUUACUCUAAUAAAAUAAUAUCGAGUUCAAAUCUAAAACACGAAUCUUUAUUAAUUAAAUCUAACGUUGAAGAUUUAUCUACGUUUUAGAUUAUUUUAGAUUCACUUCAACGAAUUUAUUUUACCAGGUAGGGCAGAGGAGGGUAUCUUUCUCAUGCAGAUGCAAGAAGAUCAAGUCAUUUUAUAUUCUAUAGCUUUGAAGAAUUCUAAGAACAUUCAAGGACCUUCAUAGUUGGUCCUUGAGUAACUAAAAUGAAAUUCAAUCUGAAAUAUACCUACCAGACCUAAUACCUGAUACCCGAAAUGAAAAUUUAGAAAAGGAAAACUCAAAACUGACGCCAACACUCAAAAAUUGUACUCCCAGAAAAUAAUUUAAAAAAGUAAAAUUCUAAAGAAUAAAAAAAGUGUACCUAAAUUAUGUUGCCAAAUAGCUGAACUUGAACAUCAUGUUAGAAUAAAAAUUAUACUCAUUGAUAGCAACGAUGAAAAAAUGUUACAUAAAACGACGAAAACAACUACAUUUAGGCUAUACACAGUUACCCACACGACAUGAUGAUAUAAAACUUGUUGUUAUUUAUGUAGGUACGUACAUGUGUGCGUAUGUUCUGAUUCUGCAUGAUUGAAAAUAGUUCGAUUGUCGAGCUUCGAGCUGUAUUUUUUCCUCUUUUUUCUCAUCUUUUUUGAAAAUUCAACUCGAGUUUUGAUUUUUUUUUAAAAUUCAAUCUUUUUUUCAUGUUUUUUGAUCAUUUUUAUUUAAUUUAAGACCACUUUCUGCUGCUAAUAAUUGCUUAGAUCCGCCAAGUUAAGCUCUAGAUUGAAAUUGAUUAUAGGUACGUUGUUUGUAUUAUUAUUUUUCAAGAAUAAUGUAUGUAAUGUUAGUAAACUCGCGAGGUGAAAUCACAUGCAUCGUGAGAAAUUCCCCGCAAUGUCACCAAGACUGGUGAAGUCGCGAAGAAUCCCUCACACGUCAUCUCGCAUCGAAUGGAAUGAUUAGUUGAUAAUUUCAUAUUAAAUUAGAUAAAAGUUAUCGUGGUUUUCUUAUAGCUAUACUUUUCGGUAAAUAAAUCAAAGAUUAAUAUCUGAAAUCCGCGUUUGAAAAAAAUCA